UACUGAUAAUUCUUUUUCCUUCCCCGCCGGCCACACCACCGCCUUCAAUUUCACAUACCAUGACCUGCCGAUGAUUUGCACACUCCUCCUUCUUCAAUUUUCCAUAACUUGAGCUUUAGAAUCAAACUUAGGUCCAGAUUUUAUCAAACAAUACAUUAGAUUCAAAUUUUUUAUUCCCAAUAACAACAUCACAAAACUCUCCUAACUCUUUCAAAUUCAAUACCCCAAAUUACACCUUUGUCUCUGACUCUGAGUUUUACUUUUCAUUCACUAGUUUCUUCCACCAUUACAAACCUAAUUUUCCAUCAUGAACACAAUCACCCUCCUUCGCAACCGCGCUCUAAAUUUCGCGCGAAGAAUCCUCAUUGCUUCUAACAAUUCAUCGUUUUUUCUUUCUCCACUACAACCCCAUACCAACGCUUUUCCACAACCACGUUUCAAUGUUUACCACACCAAAAAUCACCACCCUUUUCGAAUACUAGGGUUUCAUAAUAGGGGUGUUUCAACUUCCAUUGAGACACGUGGAAGUGAGAGUAAUUUUGAGCGGAUUUACAUUCAGAGUGGUGUGAAUGUGAAGCCAUUCACGGUGGAAAGUGUUAGUAAGGGUGAAGAGAAGGAUGUAAGAGAAGAAGAGUCUGUUGCGGAGAAAGAAGGUUGGAAGUUGUUGAAGGAUGCUAUUGUGACUUAUUGUGGGAACCCUGUGGGGACUGUGGCUGCUAAUGAUCCGGGUGAUAAGUCGCCGUUGAAUUAUGAUCAGGUUUUUAUUAGGGAUUUUAUUCCUUCUGCUCUUGCUUUCUUGCUAAAAGGAGAGGAUGAGAUUGUCAAGAACUUUCUUCUUCAUACCUUGCAAUUGCAGAGUUGGGAGAAAACUGUGGACUGCUACAGUCCAGGACAGGGCUUGAUGCCUGCUAGUUUCAAAGUUAGAACGGUAGCUCUUGAAGGGGAUACUCAUGAAGAAGUUUUAGAUCCUGAUUUUGGGGAAUCAGCUAUUGGUCGUGUUGCACCUGUAGAUUCAGGAUUGUGGUGGAUCAUCCUAUUGCGGGCUUAUGGGAAGAUCACCGGUGACUAUAGCUUGCAAGAAAGGGUUGAUGUUCAAACAGGGUUGAAAAUGAUUCUUAAACUGUGUCUAACAGAUGGUUUUGAUAUGUUUCCAUCUCUGCUAGUCACUGAUGGAUCUUGCAUGAUAGACAGGCGUAUGGGCAUUCAUGGUCACCCCCUGGAAAUCCAAGCAUUAUUUUACUCAGCUCUUCGCUGUUCGCGUGAAAUACUUGUUGUAACAGAUGAAACCAGUGAUCUUGUUAGAGCCAUUAACAACAGACUGAGUGCACUGUCAUUCCACAUUCGACAAUAUUAUUGGGUGGAUAUGAAAAAGAUGAAUGAAAUAUAUAGGUAUAAAACAGAAGAGUACUCCAUGGAUGCCAUCAACAAAUUCAACAUCUAUCCAGAACAAAUUCCUUUCUGGGUAAUGGAUUGGAUUCCUGAAAAAGGUGGAUAUCUAAUUGGAAAUCUGCAACCAGCUCACAUGGAUUUCCGGUUUUUCACACUGGGAAAUCUUUGGUCUAUUAUUUCAUCUCUGAGCACCCAAAAACAGAAUGAGUCUAUUUUAAAUCUGAUACAAGAAAAAUGGGAUGAUCUCGUGGGCCAUAUGCCACUUAAAAUAUGUUAUCCUGCCUUGGAUAAUGAAGAGUGGCGGAUAAUUACUGGCAGUGACCCAAAGAAUACCCCUUGGUCAUAUCAUAAUGGUGGAUCCUGGCCUACCCUUCUGUGGCAGUUCACACUGGCAUGCAUCAAAAUGGGUAGAAUUGAAUUAGCUCAGAAAGCAGCUGAUUUAGCUGAGAAAAGGCUGCCAGUUGAUUCUUGGCCUGAAUAUUACGAUACUCGUUCUGGAAAGUUUAUUGGAAAACAAGCUCGGAUGUAUCAAACAUGGACCAUAGCUGGGUUCCUUACAUCCAAGAUGCUUUUGAAGAAUCCUGAAAAGGCAUCCAUGUUAUUCUGCGAGGAAGAUUAUGAUCUUCUUGAGUAUUGUGUUUGUGGACUUAGCCAGAAGGGAAGAAAAAAAUGCUCCCGAAUUGCUGCCAAGUCUCAGAUUCUUGUAUGAUGCAAGUCUGCAUAUUAUUUGGAAGCAGAAUGCCAAUUCACAAGUUCAGGGUAUGGAUUUUGUUUUAAUACAAAAGAGUAGAACUGGAAAUGUAACACUAUGCUCCAUGUUGUCGUCAUUAUAGUUAUAUUUGUUAAAAUGGCUUUCUAUGUAUUGGGAAGAAGCCAAUUCUUUUUCUUAAAAAAAUAAUGAAGGAGAGUUUUUAACUUAAAACCUCUUAAAAAGUACUUAAUACCCUAGCAUAGUUCAUUGUUAGGAUUUUCACUUAUAUAUAGAGGUAUCUUACCAGUGUUCACCAGUUAGGAUUUCCACAUACAACUAUGUAUACAAACGAUGUUCAUAUUGACUUUGCUCUUUAUAAAAUUCCUGCAAAAGCAGGCAUUGCAGUGUUUUAUAA